AUGACACUCGAUGCAACGCUAAAGCGUGUAACCAACAGUUCUGGUCUACCGAUCAUGCCCCGCAGACGGUACAUUCGGAGAGUGGUGUCACUGGUGGCGUAUCUCAUUCUUCUCGGCUCAUCCUUGAUAAUCUACGUGUUGCAUUUGAGAUACCGUCAUGUUAAGGACUACGACCAAGACGUAGAACUAAAGCGAACCGCAGCAUCAAGCGACGAUUUGAACCCACCUCCCGGUGAUAUGGGAGCUGCCGUAACCAUCGACACAACAAAUGAAACACAGGCUCUGGUACAGGAAGGGCUACGUUCACUGGGCUACAAUCAGUACGCUUCAGAUUUGAUGUCAGUCCGAAGACGUUUACCCGACAUAAGAGCACGCUGGUGUUGGCAACAGGAGAAUCAAGGAGCACGAACCCUGCCACCGACCUCGAUCGUGAUCGUGUUUUACGAUGAAGCUUGGUCGGUGUUGCUCCGUACCGUGCACUCGAUACUUGAUCGUACUCCUCGGUACCUGAUACAGGAGAUUCUACUCGUCGAUGACUAUUCUACCGCUGCCCAUCUGAAGACACGCCUGGAUGAGUAUUUUGAGCGAUAUCCCUUGGUGCGGAUCUUGCGCGCCCCCAAACGGUUAGGAUUGAUCGCGGCCAAAGUGUACGGAGCGAAGGCAUCAAAGGCUCAGAUCAUCACAUUUCUCGAUUCUCACGUCGAGUGCACCGUAGGCUGGCUGGAGCCACUGAUCCAAGAGGUGGCCAGUAACGCAACGACCAUCGCGAUUCCAACGAUCGAUCUGAUCGAUUUGCACAGUAUGGCGCUGGAUAAAGAUAAAAGUCCGCUGUGGGUCGGGGCCUACCAGUGGGAUCUCAACUUUGGUUGGUGGGGUCGUGCUGCGAUGCACCGAAGUUACCCAAACCCUUACGUCCCUUUCGACACCCCGGCGAUGGCCGGUGGUCUGUUCUCGAUCGAUCGUACGUUCUUCGAGCGGCUCGGUUGGUACGACGAGGGUUUCGAGAUGUACGGAAUCGAGAACAUUGAACUAUCGAUGAAGAGCUGGAUGUGUGGUGGCCGUAUGGUGAUUGUACCGUGCUCCCGGGUGGCACACAUUGCCAAGCACACCCACCCAUACCUCGAUCACGUCGGGAAGGAUGUGAUCCUGAAGAAUUCGCUCCGGUUGGCCGAGGUGUGGAUGGAUGAGUACAAGCAGAUCAUGUUCGAUGUUUACGGAAUUCCGCGCUAUCUCGUAGGGAUGUUUGGUUCCGUUGCAGCCCGGAAAGCGGUCCGUCAGCGGGCCGGUUGUGGAACGUUUCGCGAUUACAUCCUGAACGCUUUUCCGGAGAUGAUGAAUCCACUCGUACCGGGUGCUUUCCGUGGGGAGGUUCGUAAUGCUGCGCUGGGGAGGAAUCAUUGUUUGAGUCAUCAGUGGCGUUCCGGUAAGGCACCCCUCUCAAUGGAGCGUUGUAAUGGACGGAGAAGGGAACAGUACUGGACACACAACUUCUACCACGAGCUCAACAGUUAUUCGCAGUGUGUGGAGGUAGAUGGUGGUGAUGUGCCCGUGGAAAUGAGGAGAUGCCAUCGGAAAGCUGACUUAAAAAGACAACGUUGGCAGCACGUGGUAGCUACCGGACAGUUCAAAAGUGAAUCCAGUGGCCAGUGUCUUGCUGAAGACGGUGGUCAAAUCGUAAUGGAACCCUGUGACAGUGGCCGCAGAGGACAGCGAUGGAUUGUCAAGCUGAUCGAGAUGGAUGUGUCCAUUUUCAAAUAUAAUUAG